CCGACAGUCAGCUGUUAUGGGUGGGCUAACGAACUGAGUUUUUGUUUAUCUAUUUUCUGGUAUGCUACAAAGCAUUGCUCAAGACAUCCUAAGCUACACCAGAAUAUUUUUCAACAAAAACAACGAACUAAAAAGUAUAAAAUGGAUGAACCGAAAAGCUCUACCAAACGAGGCCUAUUGCCCCACCCCCAUAGAACACAUAGCAAAUAUAAUAACCCAUGGUAUAUGGGUAAUGCCCAGCAUUAUGGCAACGAUGCAUAUGCUCGAUAGAGCCCAUACAACACCUCAAUACGUAUCAGCCCUUGUCUAUGGUGCUACAUUAAUAUUUUUAUUUAGUGUUUCCACGUCUUUUCAUUGCGUUUUUUAUUGCAACAAACAUAGGAACCUCAAAGACGUUUUACACAGGUGCGACAGAGGAAUGAUAUAUAUUUUCAUAGCAGGUUCAUAUUUUCCAUGGUUAACUAUUGAACAACUCCCCAACGAAGGUUGGGCCUCUUCCAUGAAUUGGAUUGUAUGGGUCAUGGCCUUUUUAGGAAUUGUUUAUCAACAAACUUUCCACGAAAAAUACAAAACUUUGGAAACCUUAUUUUAUUUGUUUAUGGGAAUUGGGCCUUCUUUAACGAUUUUGACUGAGCAUUUAAUCUCUGGGAUAACGGAAUUGAGUAUAGGAGGUCUUCUGUACGUUUUAGGCGUAAUAUUUUUUAAAUGUGACGGUGUUUUUCCGUUUGCUCACGCCGUUUGGCAUUUGUUUGUUGUAAUGGCCGCGGCAGUUCAUUACUACGCGGUUUUAAAAUAUUUAUAUUGACAUUUUGUGAUUUUUUUUUACUUUUUUUUUAAAUUAAUUAAAUUUUAGUCUUCCUUUAUUUUUUUAAUGGAAUCAAAGUACAAGUAAUUAUUAAUACAUACUUAAAAAAUUGACGUGACCAAAGUAAUAGUGUCUUACCACAUAGGAAAAUAGCAGUAUUAAAUGUGAUUUGGUUGCCAAAAGUUUGUAAAAUUGUGUAAAUUAUCAGCUUCCAUAUACAGAAAUGUAAAAUAGUUGUAUAAACCUGUAAAAAAUAUUUUUUGUAAAUAAAGAACAGUACAAUAAC